AUGGUGGACAAGGAGCAGCUUGGGGCGCUCUUCGGCUAUGCCGGGAUGGUCAUGACCUUUGUGUACUUCCUGAGCCCGGUACCUACGUGCCUGCAGAUCCACAAGAGCAAGGAUGUCCAGGAAUUCUCUGUGGUGCCGUAUGUGGUGGGAGUGGUGAACUGCAGCCUCUGGGUCUACUGGUCCAUCGUCACGAUGGAAGUCACCUCGCAGAAUCUUACACCGAACCUGCUGAUAAACGGCAUCGGCGCGGUCCAGUUCGUGUGCUACGUGUCCGUCUUCAUGCUGUACUCCAAGACGUAA